CCGAGCGUUUCCCGGCGCCGAGCGAGGAGCCAGGCUGCGCGGCCAUGGGUGCGCCGGGGUUACCCUAGGGCCGGCGAGGCACCGCGGACCGAACGGCGGCGCCGCUGCCCCCGCACCUCAGCGAGCCUCUCUCCACCCUCAGCGAGCCUCCCCCGGCGGCGGCGGCGGCGGCGGCGGCCGGGAUGAGCGGCGGCGGCGGCGGCGCCGCGGCGCCCGGUCCGGGCUCGGGCUCCUCCCCGGCAGCUUGCCGCUUCGCGCACUACUUUGUGCUGUGCGGGAUCGACGCCGACAGCGGGCUGGAGCCCGACGAGCUGGCGGUUUUGUACCAAUGGCUAGAAGCAGAUCGUCAUGGCAAGAGCCAAGAUGCUGCAAAUACGACUUCAGGUGAAAAUUUUGAUCAGAGUCCUUUGAGAAGAACAUUCAAAUCCAAAGUUUUGGCCCACUACCCUCAGAAUAUAGAAUGGAACCCUUUUGAUCAAGAUGCAGUGAACAUGUUGUGCAUGCCUAAAGGGCUGUCUUUCAGAACACAAGCUGACAAUAAAGAUCCUCAGUUCCACUCAUUUAUAAUCACCCGGGAAGAUGGUUCUCGAACCUAUGGUUUUGUUCUCACUUUUUAUGAAGAAGUCACCAGUAAGCAAAUCUGCACAGCCAUGCAGACGCUUUACCAGAUGCACAACGCUGAGCAGUACAGCACCGUGUAUGCUUCUUCUUCUUGCAGCAUGGACUCACUGGCAAGCAGUAUUGAUGAGGGAGAUACAACUUCCCUUUUGAAGCUCCAGCGAUACAACUCCUAUGAUAUCAACAGAGACACCCUGUAUGUUUCCAAAAGUAUAUGCUUGAUCACACCACUACCUUUCAUGCAGGCCUGCAAGAAAUUCCUCGUCCAGCUUUACAAGGCUGUUACUUCACAGCAGCCACCACCCUUACCACUUGAGAGCUACAUCCAUAAUAUUCUUUAUGAGGUCCCCCUUCCACCUCCUGGGAGAUCACUGAAAUUUUAUGGUGUUUAUGAACCUGUCAUCUGUCAGAGGCCUGGGCCCAAUGAACUUCCCCUCUCUGACUACCCUCUUCGAGAGGCCUUUGAGCUCCUGGGAUUAGAAAACCUAGUGCAGGUGUUUACCUGUGUUCUUUUAGAAAUGCAGAUCCUUCUCUACUCACAAGAUUAUCAGCGCUUGAUGACUGUGGCAGAAGGCAUCACCACACUUUUGUUCCCAUUUCAGUGGCAGCAUGUUUAUGUCCCCAUCCUCCCCGCUUCUUUGCUACAUUUUCUUGAUGCUCCUGUCCCUUAUCUGAUGGGCCUUCAGUCAAAAGAAGGAACUGACCGUUCUAAACUAGAACUUCCUCAAGAGGCUAAUUUGUGCUUUGUGGAUAUUGACAAUCAUUUUAUUGAGUUGCCUGAAGAAUUUCCACAGUUCCCAAAUAAAGUAGAUUUUAUCCAGGAGCUCUCCGAAGUUCUUCUUCAAUUUGGGAUUCCUCCUGAGGGUAGGCUACAUUGCAGUGAGAGUGCCACCAAACUGAAGAAUCUGGUUCUCAAAGAUUUGGUCAAUGACAAAAAGAAUGGCAAUGUCUCCACCAACAACAUCAGCAUGUAUGAGUUACUGAAAGGCAAUGAAACCAUAGCCCGUCUCCAGGCUCUGGCCAAGCGGACUGGUGUGACUGUGGGAAAAAUGGACUUCUCAUCUUCUCUGGGUGAAAAAGAAAAGAAUUUAAAACUGCAGUUUGAAGAGGCAGAACUAAGGGACUACCAGCUCAACGUACAACUGCGAGAGGUCUUUGCUAACCGCUUUACACAGAUGUUUGCAGAUUAUGAAGCAUUUGUUAUUCAGACUGCCCAGGACAUGGAAUCCUGGCUGACCAACCGGGAGCAGAUGCAGAACUUUGACAAAGCUUCUUUCCUGUCUGACCAACCAGAGCCUUACCUGCCAUUUCUUUCACGCUUCAUUGAAACCCAGAUGUUUGCCACCUUCAUUGAUAAUAAAAUUAUGUCUCAGUGGGAAGAAAAAGAUCCUUUGCUUCGGGUCUUUGAUUCUCGAGUUGAGAAGAUAAGACUAUAUAAUGUCAGGGCACCUACCUUGCGGACAUCUAUAUAUCAGAAAUGCAACACUUUAAAAGAAGCAGCCCAAUCAAUUGAGCAAAGACUGAUGAAAAUGGAUCACACCGCAAUCCACCCACAUCUGCUUGAUAUGAAAAUUGGUCAAGGCAAAUAUGAGCAAGGGUUCUUUCCAAAGUUACAAUCCGAUGUCUUGGCAUCAGGACCAACCAAUAACAAUCGCUGGGUGAGUCGGAGUGCCACCACACAGCGCAGGAAAGAACGCCUUCGCCAGCAUUCUGAGCACAUUGGCCUGGACAACGACUUGAGGGAGAAAUAUAUGCAAGAGGCACGAAGCUUAGGAAAAAACCUGAGGCAACCCAAACUGUCAGACCUCUCUCCUGCAGUGAUUGCACAGACCAAUUGCAAAUUUGUAGAAGGCUUAUUGAAAGAAUGCAGAAUGAAGACAAAACGGAUGUUGGUAGAAAAGAUGGGACAUGAAGCAGUGGAACUGGGCCAUGGAGAAGCAAACAUCACAGGCUUAGAAGAGAACACCUUGAUUGCCAGCCUCUGUGACCUGCUGGAAAGGAUAUGGAGCCAUGGCUUGCAGGUUAAACAGGGGAAGUCGGCUUUGUGGUCACAUUUAAUUCAAUUUCAAGACAGAGAAGAGAAACAAGAACACCUUGUAGAAUCGCCAGUUGCCCUUGGACCAGAAAGAAGAAAAUCUGACUCAGGAGUUGUACUACCUACACUCAGGGUCUCUCUUAUACAAGACAUGAGGCAUAUUCAAAACAUGAGUGAGAUCAAGACCGAUGUUGGACGAGCUCGGGCAUGGAUAAGAUUGUCUCUAGAAAAGAAGCUUUUGUCCCAGCAUCUCAAGCAGUUGCUCUCUAACCAACCACUCACCAAGAAGCUGUAUAAGCGCUAUGCUUUUCUGCGUUGUGAAGAGGAAAGAGAGCAGUUUCUUUAUCAUCUUCUUUCCCUCAAUGCUGUGGACUAUUUCUGCUUCACCAGUGUGUUUACCACUAUCAUGAUUCCAUACAGGUCAGUGAUCAUCCCAAUUAAAAAGCUGAGCAAUGCAAUCAUCACAUCAAAUCCUUGGAUCUGUGUAUCGGGAGAACUGGGAGACACAGGAGUAAUGCAGAUUCCCAAAAACCUCCUGGAGAUGACUUUUGAGUGUCAGAACUUGGGGAAGCUCACCACUGUUCAGAUUGGUCAUGAUAACUCUGGACUGUUAGCCAAAUGGCUAGUGGAUUGUGUCAUGGUCAGAAAUGAAAUCACAGGACAUACAUACAGAUUCCCAUGUGGGCGGUGGCUGGGGAAAGGCAUUGAUGAUGGGAGCCUGGAGAGAAUUCUCAUUGGAGAGCUGAUAACUUCUGCCUCAGAUGAGGACCUGGUCAAGCAGUGUCGGACGCCCCCUCAGCAGAAGUCACCCACCACAGCUCGGAGACUGAGCAUCACUUCACUGACUGGGAAAACUGCCAAACCCAAUGCUGGACAGAUCCAAGAAGGAAUUGGAGAAGCUGUGAACAAUAUUGUGAAACAUUUUCACAAACCUGAAAAAGAGAGAGGAAGUCUCACGGUACUGCUAUGUGGAGAAAAUGGCCUGGUGGCAGCACUGGAGCAAGUUUUCCACCAUGGAUUCAAAUCUGCCCGCAUUUUUCACAAGAAUGUCUUCAUCUGGGACUUUGUAGAGAGAGCGGUUGCUUAUUUUGAAACCACUGACCAGAUUCUAGACAACGAAGAUGAUGUCCUUAUUCAGAAGUCAUCCUGCAAAACCUUCUGUCACUAUGUGAAUGCUAUUAAUACUGCACCUAGGAACAUUGGGAAGGAUGGCAAAUUCCAGAUUUUAGUUUGCCUUGGAACACGGGAUCAUCUGCUUCCCCAGUGGAUUCCAUUGUUAGCAGAGUGUCCUGCCAUCACUCGAAUGUAUGAGGAGAGCGCGCUGCUGCGAGACCGAAUGACUGUCAACUCCCUUAUCCGAAUUCUGCAGACCAUUCAGGACUUUACCAUCAUCUUAGAAGGAUCUCUCAUCAAAGGAGUGGAUGUAUAAACCAACUGCUAGAAAUCCAGUCCCAACCUCUGGCUCUUUAACCUUCCCUAACUAUGGGGACUGAUUUGGACUUGUCACUUCAGGGGGCAGCCCACUGCAAGCCCCAGUUUGAGCAAUCUUCACUUUGCAGACAAGGCAAAAUGCAGUAUUGUAGUUCAUUUGAACCUGAAUUUAGUAUAAAAUAGAGUAUUUUCAUGUGUUAGAUGUGUGUAAAUAUGCUAUCUUCUUUAAGAAAUUAUAUUACUCUAAUAAGAUACUUUUCUUAGAUUGAAUAUUCCUGUGACUUAAAAUAAGUAGCUUAAAAGUGUUGGGGCUUUGGGUGGGGAGAAUGGUGCUAGUCAGGAAGAAGCCAGUAAACAUGUAAAUAUAGUGUAACCCAUUCAGGCUUUUUUUUUUUUUGCUCCAGGUAUUACAAAGGAACCCAGAAUGCAUUGUUCUGUAGUAGCCAUCCAUCCUGGUGUCCGAUCCUUUGUGUGGUGAAUGUAUGCAGCUUUAUCUACUAUACGAUAAUCCUCACUUGUAUCUUUUAAGUUAUAAACCAUUUUGUACGUUUGAAUUAUGAGUAUUUUUCCAUUCUUUUGAAAAGUUUUUUAGUUGGCACAAAGUAAAGAUACAAUUCAAGUAUUUUAAAUACCAGACCCCAGGAGCUUGGCUGAACUGGAAAGAGAACACACAAAGCCUUGAGAAGUAUGUUAAAUUGUGGGAUUAUAACUUCUUUACACUUCAGAAAGAUUAGCCUAGACUAACUUCAUUCUUGGCAUUUUUAUUAUUGUUAUUUGAGGCACUUUGAGGAGAUAUGAAUUUCAAAGUGUUAACCUUGAAGUCAUUACAACUGCAAACAGCAACUCAAUUCAGUACUUUGAAUUUGGCCAUCUAAACUCUGCAGUGGUCCUUCACCUCUGGAGGACAACCAGGAGUCCUGCCUUUGUUAAGUUCCAGCCAUCCCUCUGCCUGCCCAGCCCCCUCAGGAAAUGGAAGGAAUGUCUAAGAAGGAGGAGGGCCCUGUAUGGCUCAGAAUGUUUUUGUGGAAGCAUUUGUUGGCCAUGAUAAUGCGAAUAACAAGAAGGAUUGGGAGAGAAUGAACCCUUUCUGGGUGGUUCAGGGCAAGUUUUUUGCUUCCUUGUGAGAGGGGCAGUAAUGUAAAACAACUGGCCCAGAGAAGUUACAAACCACUGCAGCACAGACUGAUGGAAGAAAUGGAAACAAAGAGGCAACAGUUUUGAAAGACCCAAGGUUAUAAGUAGCUUUCCAGUUUGAUAGUUUAUAAAGAAGUUAAGAUGUACCCCCAGCACAACAAUAACAAAAGGUAAAUAUAGUGUUAGCUAUUACCUUAAAUCUUCAUUUUCAGAUAAGUCCUAUAACUAAAAAGGCAUUGCUACCUUGCUAGCAGUGAAAUUGCCUCAGCAGAGCUUCUUAGCUUUGGCUGCAGCCUCUCAAGCUCCUAUUGCAAUCUGAGGAUCCUGGACUUUACCCAGCACCAUUGUUGUCUCCCUAGUUUCCUGAAGGAAGAAACCAGUCAAGUGUCUCAUUCCUUCUAUCACAGCCCUCAGCCACAGGCAGCCCCUUCACGCUCAGAGAAAAGGUUCUUUGCAAAGAAAUGGUGACCUGCGUAGAACAGAGAUUUUGUUUAUGUAUGUUCUAGAGGCAUAAGAAGUCCACCAUGGGCAAUCUACAGACCUGGUUUACCUUGGACUCCUUUUGUAUUUAGUGAUCAGAAGUGAUAAAUGGUCCAGUCCAGGAUUUUAUUCUUGUUAUUGUUUCCAUAAAGCCAUGCUUCUAACACUCAGAAAUCAGAAAGAUACUCAGGUUAGUGUGCUAGAAUUGAGUCGUCUAGCCCAGCCCUCAAAUCUUAAAUAAGGAAGCAAAACACGAGUUUGCCCUUGCCCCUACCUGGUCCUUGACAACACAGGGUCCCAUGCUUACCCCAGACUGCAUGAGCCCAACCUUCAAGGCACUCAUACCUAAAGAUCUGUUGGAUCUUUAUUCAUCCACCUAUACAGACAAGAAAUAAUAUUCCUAGAAGAUUCAUUUGUGCUGGACGCUGGUGCCUCACGCCUGUAAUCCUAGCUACUCAGGAGGCAGAGAUCAGGAGAAUCAUGGUUCAAAGCCAGCCCAGGUAAAUAAUUCACGAGACCCUAUCUCGA